UUUACUCCAGGACAAUUCUCUCUAUGCAUGUUGAUACUCACCGACACGCAUACCAGCUGAUAACGUAGCAGAUAGCCCAGCCCUAAACGACCUGUCCUGUCCAUUUCCCUUCCAUUCGUGUCCAUUUCAAAUCAGUUCAAAAUAUUUCGGUGAAAUGCCAUAUGUCGGGAUUGGAGCGCAACAAGACACGAAAACCUCAUUACUGGGACCAUCCAUGUUAAAGGUCUACGGGAUUAUUGUUUUCACUAUACUGUUAACCCUAGCAAUUGCUGGGCUAGGAAAGCAUCAUUCACUUCAUCCAAUUCAACGGCCGAAGUUUGAAACUGUGGCAGAUGUACAUGAGACCAUAUCACAUGAGCUCUUAUCAAAUAUAAAACCGGAGAAUAUCAAAGCUAAUUUGCGCAAAUUCACUAAAGAGCCUCAUUUGGCUGGGACUGACGCCAACAAGCGAGUCGCUCAUGAUAUAGCUCAACUAUGGAGCGAUUUUGGGCUGGAUGAUGUCCAUACCGUUCCGUACGAGGUUCUGCUCUCUUAUCCUGACUUUAAUACUCCAAAUCGUAUAACUAUCAUGGACGCUGAAGGUAGAGAGGUGUUCAGAAGUUCAGGUGUUAGCCCAGUCAUAAUUCCGGAUGAACAAGGAGGAAAACACGCCGGUCAUCAAUGGUUAGCCUAUUCGGCCCCUGGAAGGGUCACUGCUGAAGUAGUAUACUGUAAUCGAGGACUCAAACAGGAUUUUGACAAUUUGAAAAAGAUGGGAAUAGAUAUAAAGGGAAAAAUUGCACUUAUGCGAUUCGGAGAAGGGUUCCGAGGAGAUAAAGUACACAAAGCGCAGAAAAAUGGUGCUGCUGGUGCAAUAAUAUUCUCUGAUCCGGACGACAUCGCAAGAGAUGGCACAGAUCAAUCCCAUGUAUAUCCAAACACGAUAUGGAUGCCAAACGAAGGAGUUCAGCGUGGCUCAAUUAUGCAUGGUGAUGGUGAUCCGCUAACCCCUCUGUAUCCGUCAAAAAAGGAACUUUUCAAAAGCCGCACUAUUGAGCAGGCAAAAGAAGAUGGAACACUCCCAAGUAUUCCCGUGCUACCAAUUUCAUACAGCACAGCUUUCCAGAUCCUUUCGCGGAUGAAAGGUCGAGCAGCUCCACAACCAUGGCAAGGAGCCAUCAAUGUGACAUAUAAGAUAGGACCGGGGUUCCGCUUUGAAGAGACAUUAACUAUGGAAGUUCACAGCGAUCUCAAAGUAAAGAAGAUCAGAAACGUCAUCGGAUACAUUCGCGGAAAAGACGAACCUGAUCGCUAUGUCAUUCUGGGUAACCAUUUCGAUGCUUGGGUUUACGGAUCUAUGGAUCCUAACAGUGGUUCCGCUAUACUAGCCGAGGUAGCUAGAGCCAUGAUGCAGACUGUGAACGAAACUGGGUGGAGGCCAGCUCGUACAAUAAUGUUUGCAAAUUGGGACGCAGAAGAGCAUGGAAUCAUUGGUUCAACAGAAUUUGUCGAGGAGUUCACGGACAUAUUGCGUCAACGAGCUGUUGUGUACUUGAAUAUGGACACAAUACAUGGAAAUAUGACUUUACAUGUUGGAACAAUCCCAUCCCUUUAUCGAGUGAUUGUUGAAGCAGCCAAAAGAGUAGAGAACCCAUCAAAGGCAGAGAAGGCUAAAGGAAGGACUACGGUCUACGACACCUGGCUAAAGCUACGUCCUUCUCAUACUCCUGGUUUGCCUCAGAUACCAGUGCCAGGAGGCGGUUCCGACCAUGUGGCUUUCCUCACUUAUGCAGGUGUACCCGUGGUUGACUUCUCGUACAAAAAUGAAACAAUUCACGAUACUUACCCACUAUAUCACACCAUGUAUGAGACGCCAUUUGUAAACGAGCAUCUUCUGGAUACCGAUAAUUUUGCGGUCCACCGCGCUAUAGGACAGUUCUGGGCAGAAUUAGCUCGAUUUUUCACUGAUGAAGCUGUGCUGCCAUUCAACACUACCGAACUUGCCGUAGCUAUCGUAAAGGACUACAUUCCAGCGCUAGGUAAAGCGCUAACUCCAUUGAAAUAUUACCAAAAGGCUAUACAACCUGCUAUUCAGCAAUUAUCUCACUUUACGAAAGCGGCGCAGGAUUUUCUGAGCAUGUGUCGAAAGUUUGAGAAAACUAUGUUCUUCACGAGAGUUGCCUUCUCUCAGAAUCCGUUCGACGCUCGCCAUAUCGCAGCAGUCAACGAGAGAUUGAUGAAUGCACAACGUUGCUUCAUCAAUCCACGAGGUUCACCUACAGCACCACAAUCCAGACAUGUUCUCUAUUCAAUUAGUGAGCACGACAGCUAUGCAAGUAGGCAAAUGGCCGCUGUCUAUGACGCUAUAGAUGAUUUCACAAAUGCGGAGUCCGAUAAACAACGGGUGAUUAUUGGAAAGGAAAUUGCAAAUCAAAUGUCCAUUGUACAGCAUUCCGUCCAUUGCGCAACCAAUACGCUCAAGGAUGUAAUAUAAUCGUUAUUUAUACAGCUAUGCUUAACUG